AAUCAUGUGGUGCUCAGUGGCUAUGCCACAGGGAAGUCCCCUGAAAAGGGCACAUCAGCUUUUGCUCAGUACAGGGAGAACAUUAGCAAGAAGGCAAAGUCUGUUAUCCAUGACAUCAGCCGUCCCUUCGUGGACAUUCUAUUGUCUCCUAGAGACUUCUUGGAAUCCCUGUGAUGUCACCAGUAUUGUUGUGACAACCAAUUCCCUACUUUUUCUCUUAGUGUCCAAAGGAUAUAUCCACAGACAUGUUUGCCCGUCUUUGUAGGCACUUUGGGAGAGUUGAUGUUGAUAGAGAAGAGUCUAGAGUGAAGCAAACGAAACCUAAAGAGGCCCGCAGACAGACGUCAUCCCCUGAAAAUGUCCUAAACAAGGUGCAGGCCAACGAGGAAGAGGAGAGGCUGAAUAGAGAACUGGAGCUAACUACCAAGGAGAGAAAUGAGCUGACAGAUCGCCUCCUUUAUGUGACAGGGGGAUCCAUGAGUAAGAGCCCCUACUUCAGGCCAAAUCCAUUUUAUGAAAACUUGAAGAUAAAGGAGAAAGAGGUCAUGUCAUUACUGCACAACUUAGACACAAAGAAUAUUGAACAUCGUGAGAAAUUUCAGGAGCUCAAGAAGGAGAUUAACUUCUAUCGCAACCUGCACAGCCGGCUCCUGAUGGACCAGGCAUGUAUGAAGAAGAAGUUGGUCACAUUGAAGCAGGAGAGCAAGGAGGUACAGCGAUAUUUGUUUGAGUUGAACCCGAAUGAUGAAGACGAACAGGAGAAGACCAGCAACCUCCAGACCCAGCAAAAUGUGGUCUCAGGAACUGCAGGAGACAUGGCAUAGCAUGGAUCCCAGGAAGACAGCCCCCUGAGGAAUGAGUUUCUCUCUCAAGAGUUCCCUGUGACGACAAUCCUCACAGUCAAAGACUUUUUGGGGGAAUAUUCUUCUUCUCAGAUAAUUUCCUCAAUGUAUAGAGACCCUAAAUUUAUGUAUCCAUAUGCCAGCCUAUCUCCUUGAGGUCUUUCUCCUUUCUCAUACCGACAACACCAUUUGAGAGACAACUGAGGGGACUACCUUGACAUCUCGUGUCCUAGAGGAGAAACAGCACUACAACUGUGUUUCUAAAUGUUCAUUAAGAAAAUGCUGUUAAGAAAUGUUUUUGGUUAUGAUUUUCAUUGAAGUUUUCUUUUUGUUAUUUCAUAGUUAUAUAUUCUUGUUACUGUUUUUCAUUUUUAUACCAUUUUAGUUGUUCAUUUUAUGCCUGUUUUUUGUUAAAUGUAUUCCUUAUGAAUAAAAAUUGAUUUGUAACUCUUGACUCUUAAGACCAUCUUAUUCAAGGGUCCUUUCCCCUCCUGUAGACUUAGAACUGACAGCUAUAUAUAUAGAACUUUACAUGGUCCAGUGAAUUCAAAGCC